CCCGGCGGCAAUUGGCACUUGGUGAUUAAGCAAACCAACCAUCCGUCCCUCAUCCAGUAUGUGCCUAUAGGCACAACCAGGUCUUACGCAACAAGCCCACUGUCCUGUCUGCUUAUCAAUGGAUGUCUCUAAGCGUUCUCUGCUUUUCCUUGUGCCUGAGCUGCGUCCUGGUACGGGGCAGCCUCAUGUGAAGCUUCAGAACGGCAGUCGCGGCAAAGUCGUCCGGUAGUGGGGGCAGCUUCUGCGUCCCCUUGCGCAUCUCCUCGCAAAUCGAUAAGACGCUCAGAGACGACCAGAAAUCCUUGUUGUAUCUCAUAUGCGCCACGCACUCACGCAUCUGUAUCGACACCAUCCAUACCCACGGAUGUGUACAUAUUUUAACUUUUUUUGCCAGGAAUGUCACCUGCGGAAUAAUCUCGCUCAUCGCAUUGUACAGCGGGGCUAUGAUGACAUCGAUGAAGCCACACUGAGACCGCGCGAUGUUUGUUGUCUCUCUAUGUGGAAAAAUCAAAGAGCCAACAGCGAGAUCAUCGGGAAUCCCCUCUGACUCUCAUCAUCUUUCCCUUUGCUCUCACCGGUUCAUCAGCGGCGAGAUUGGCAGACCGAAAGCCUUUUCCCUAUCACCUACAUCAGCAAGACACUCUCCAUCUGGUCAACCCACAAUGUCAUGAACAGCGGGCGGUUUUGAACCUUACCUUGUGCAAAGAACUCUUGUAUCACUACCCGAUUCACAUCCGAUUCACAUCCGAUUCACAUCAAACCCGCUGGUCUCUUUCUCUCUGGCUUACCUUUGUCUGUCCACUGCAAGUACAGCGGCAGCGGCCGGCAGGGAUUGGAGACAUCAGCAGCGUGCACCACCAUGCUCAUGAUCAGCAAGCGGUCCUCGCGGCUGAGCUCUUGCUUGAGCCACUCUGCCAUACGGCGUUUCAACGGUAAGAAUGAGGAGAAAAAGCUGCUGAUGUGUAGAUGCCCAUUCUUAGUGGAAUGAUGUGCUGGGCCCCUUCGGGUCUAAGCCCUCCUUCUCCUAAGCCCUCCUUGUCUCUAGGCCCACCUUCGUCCUUAGUCUUCAGCAGUCCGAGUUUCACAAAAUGCUGCGACAUGUCCGUAGCCAGCACCAUAUGGAUGAUCGCCUCGCGCACUAAAGCAUCCAGCAAAGAAGAAUACAUAUGUGUAGCACACAGGGCGUAUAAUGCAUAUAGGCCACAGUCCGCACCUAUGGAGUAUGUUGCCGCUGGCGUGUGCUUGAAAAUGUUGUACUUAGACUGUUGCAU